AUGUUCGAUGUGGUAGCAGCGCCAGGAAGAAUCGUCGACGAAAGAUGGAAAGCGAGACCACGUGAUGGGCAAGGUCUAGGGCAAGCAGUUUUUGGCAUUACUUGUUGCCAAACAAGACUUCCUUAUUAUCUUAAGAGUUAUAGCAUGGAUCUCACCGGCUUGGAAAGGCAGGGUGGGGAUGAAGCUUGUGGGUCUGCCUACUUGGUGGACAAGAAGUCCUAUGAUGAGGGAAGGUUUUCUGGCAAAUCUGUUGCCGGGGACAACACUUACAUCCCCAUAUCACUGCUGUGGACUUUGUCAGAGCGUGAGUUCAGUCGAAUAAAGUGUUGUUCGAUGGGGUUUAAUCUCAAAGCUGAUACGGGUAAUGGUGGUUCAAUCAAGUCGUGGAAAUGCAUUUUUCCAAUGGGCAAUAAAGGAAGUCCUUAUUUAGUUGAUGGAUGCUACGGACACAUUUUCUUAUAUGACGUGCUUUUAGAUGAUGAAAAAUGUGCAAGGUGCACAGAGGACGGAGGUGCGUGUGAAUACUAUCAUGUAUAUGAUGAUUAUGACAGGAUUAGCGAAUACGAGUUCGUUUGUUCUCACGUCAUGAACGGUAAUCGAACACAUUCUAAACCCACGUUAUCCAUUGGUGGUAUUCUAGGUAUUAGCAUAAGCAUCGGUGUACUUGUUCUUCUGGCGAUCAGCUAUGCCUCGUACAAGGUGAUCAACGAAGCAAUAGCCAAGAGACGCAGAAUGAGAUAUUUUAAACGGAAUGGGGGCCAACUACUAGAACAACAAGAAAAAUCCGACCCAUCCUCAAUUGGCAAAACUAUGCUUUUCUCUUUACGUGAAUUAGAGAAAGCCACUGACUGCUUCAGUGAGAAGAGAAUUCUUGGUAUGGGAGGCCAAGGUACAGUUUACAAAGGGAUGCUACUUGAUGGAAGAACCGUAGCUGUUAAGAAAUCAGAAAGAGUUGUUGAAAGCCAAAAAGAAAAAUUAAUCAAUAAACAAUUUAUCAAUGAGGUGGUCAUUUUAUCCCAAGUCAUUCAUCCAAAUGUGGUCAAGCUAUUGGGAUGCUGCCUGGAGACCAAGGUUCCUUUACUUGUUUCAGAAUUCGUUUCAAAUGGAACCUUAUACGACCGCAUUCACAAAGAAGCCAAUGAAUUUCCACUUUCAUUGAAAAUGAGAAUACAAAUCGCUACUGAAGUUGCAAGAGCACUUGCGCACUUGCAUUCAGGAUCAGGAACGUCCAUCCCGAUAUACCACAGAGAUGUUAAAACCAGCAAUAUACUUUUAGAUGAUAACAACAUGGCCAAAAUUUCCGACUUUGGAACCUCAAGGAAUAUAUCACCGGAUAAGACUCAUUUGACUACUAUGGUCAUUGGUACCGUUGGCUACCUUGACCCAGAGUACUUGCAAACCGAGCACUUUAAUGAAAAGUGUGAUGCAUACAGCUUCGGAGUUGUUUUGGUUGAACUCUUAACCGGGGAAAAAUCAAUGUUCCAAACUACAUCCGGUCAAAAAAUGCAGUUGGCUACGCACUUCAUUUCAGCUAUGGAAGAAGGAUGUGUGAUCUCGAUUUUUGAUAAAAUGGUCAUUAACGAGGGUACUACGGAUGAACUAUUGGCACUAGCUAACCUUGCUAUGCGAUGCUUGUGCAUAAAGGGGAAAGAUAGGCCCACAAUGAUGGAAGUUGAACACGAAUUAGAAUCCAUAAGGACAUCACACUUUCCAUCUACGGUUCAAGCUAAUAUAGACGGCGUGAUGGGCAAGGGCAAGCAGGUAUUAACGAUGCCAACUACUGCUGAAUCAUCAUCAACACCAUUCAAGAGUUUUAAUGAACCCAGUACUAGUCAAUGAUCGAUACCAAAAGAUUUAUCGUUAGUCAUAUUUAAUCCUUUAUUUUAUUGUAUCCUAUGAACACAAUCUUGGGUAUAACAAAUAUUUUAUUCUGAU